AAAGCUAUAUUGCAUUUUUAAAGAAAAACUCGACAUAUUGCGAGCAGGUUGAUUAAGUACAACAAUUGUAAUCAAAAACUUUAAGCGGGUGUUGACCUUUCACCCACAUUUUCUGGUAGUACUGUUGCGUGUUUGUUAGCUAGGCUAACUAAGGCCCUAUCUGCAACAUGAGCUAUGGUAGGCCCCCGCCCGAUGUUGAGGGCAUGACUUCUCUUAAAGUGGAUAAUCUGACGUACCGAACCUCACCUGAGACCCUUCGCCGUGUCUUUGAAAAGUAUGGUAGGGUAGGAGAUGUUUACAUCCCCCGAGAUCGUUAUACGAAAGAGAGCAGAGGGUUCUCCUUUGUGCGAUUCCAUGACAAGCGGGACGCAGAGGAUGCGAUGGACGCAAUGGAUGGUGCCGUGCUGGACGGACGCGAGCUAAGAGUCCAGAUGGCCCGUUACGGACGUCCCCCAGAUUCUCAUCAUGGAGGCGGUGGUGACCGUGGAGAUCGUGGUGACCGUCGGCGUGGAGGUGCACCCCGGAGGUAGGGGGGUGAUGGCCGACGAAGUAGGAGUCCAAGGCGUCGGAGACGCAGCAGAUCCCGGAGCAGAAGCCGAUCUCGUUCCCGCAGCCGCUCCCGCAACAGCCGAUCAAGGUCUCGUUCCUACUCUCGCUCCAAGUCUCGCUCCCCUAAGAGAGACAAGGCCAAGUCCCCGUCCAGGUCCCGCUCCAGAUCCAAGUCUCCCAAGUCAAAGUCCCGUUCCAAGCCACCUGGAAGAGCCUCAAGAUCAAGAUCCCAGAGCCAGCCCAAGUCACCUGGGGAGAAUGGAGCUGAAACCCCAUAGAUGACUGACAAAAUGAUGAGAUGCCAAUGAGGACAUCACACUUCAGACUGAGGACCCUGUCCAUACAAUGAUUUCUGUG